UUCUGUUACUGUGUGGAAUGUUGACCGUGCUGGUUCUACUUCCUUCUUUUUCAAAUGCGUAUAUUCCAAAACAAAAACUGUUGGGCAACUGUAGACUUAGUCGUCUAGUGAUAGACUGACUGUUACUCAACCAACAUGACAGGUUGGAAUAUAAUUUGUGUGCACAUGCAUCCACGUGAAACAACAUAGAAACAAGGAAGGUGUACUUCCCGUGACCACACCUCCAGAAAUGGGCUCCUUGAUAAGGUAGCCGCACCUCUGCUGCAGUCGAAGGCAUCUGUGUAAGGAGAUAUGGCCCAAAAAGUGACCAUUGUUUCAAGGCAGCAGUGGGGAGCAGCUGCUCCUAAAAAAAGGGAGACUCUGAAAGGCUCUGCCCAGAGAGUUGUCAUACACCACACUGCCCUCCCAAGAUGCAAAGGCCAGAAAGAGUGUAUGGACCGCCUUGUCAGCAUUCAGAGAGGGCAUAUGAAAGACAGAGGCUUCGAUGACAUCGGAUAUAAUUUUCUUGUUGGAGGAGACGGUGCUGUGUAUGAGGGCCGUGGCUGGGGUGUGGUUGGGGCACAUACCAAAGGCAAUAAUGAUGACUCACUGGGGAUUGCCUUCAUGGGAAAUUUCAAAAAUGACACACCAAGCACAGAGGCAAUGUCGUCAGUCAAAAAGCUGCUGCAAUCUGGAGUCUCUCAGGGCUUUCUAAACCCAAAGUUUUCCCUGUUUGGGCACAGAGAUCUGGGAGACACAGAAUGUCCAGGAGAAAAACUGUAUGCUGUACUACCACAACUGAGGGGUACCUCAUAAAGCUCAUUGCAGAUUCUGAUUGUUUUGAUUGCAAAAAAAACUCCCUAGCUUCAUAUAAUAAACCAACCACCGGCUCUUUGUUAAUACGAGAUGUGGAAUAAACAGGGUGACGGGAUGAAGAAGAAUUAGAAAUAAAUACUGAGUCAAUAUUUCUCAUGAAAUUUUGUUUCAUUCAUGGCUGUCCUCUGAACUAAGGGAAGGUUUGUGACUUUCUCUUACAGCAGAGGGAGCCAUUAAAUGGGAUGAGACCAAUAGGCUUGAGCGUGCAAAAUGCCUGAAAGUCAAUGCACUUUGUUGUUUGUCACAGGAGCUCUUACUUGUUAAUUCGAUUACAUUCUUUCAAUCUGUUAUGCUACUUUUUAGUUACCGAACUGCAAUAUUUUUAUAGAGGCAAAUGCCCUUUUACUUAUGGAAGUAUUCAUAAGUUAAAGGCAUUUGCCUAAGCAUGCUGUUGUUUAAUGUAAUGUCACAUUGAUUUAACCUGUUCUGAUGUUAUGCUUCAAGUCCUUUUGAAAUAAACACCAUGUUAUUAGCAAUA